UAUGAAGACGUGGGCGUUGCGGUGGUUCAGAAGCUGGACGGAAUCUUCGCGUUCGUGCUGCUCAACACAAAGGACGGCUCGUACCUCGCGGUGCGGGAUCCCAUCGGCGUGUGUCCGCUUUACAUCGGCUGGGGUCGUGAUGGCUCCCUGUGGUUCGCCUCUGAAAUGAAGGCUGUUAAAGACGACUGCGAGCAAUUCGAGACGUUCCCGCCGGGCAGUGUCUCCUCCAGCAAAGCCAAAAUGCCCCGUCGCUGGUACAACCCCGCGUGGUAUGACGAGCACAUCCCCUCGGCGCGCCCCGCGUGGUACGACGAGCACAUCCCCUCAGCGCCGUACGAUCCGAUCGCGCUGCGCGCCGCGUUUGAGAAGGCCGUCGUGAAGCGGCUGAUGACGGACGUGCCGUUCGGCGUGCUUCUAUCGGGGGGCCUCGACUCAUCGCUCGUCGCCGCCGUCGCGCAGAGCCAUUUGGGGGAGCAGUGGGGGCCGCAACUCCACUCCUACUGCAUUGGCCUCGAGGACGCCCCUGACCUGCGGGCAGCGAGAGAAGUCGCGGAUUUCAUCGGCACAAACCACCACGAGCUACACUUCACUGUACAAGAGGGCAUAGACGCGGUUUCCGAAGUGAUUUACCACACGGAAACCUUCGACGUCGCCACAAUCCGCGCCAGCACGCCCAUGUUUCUGCUGAGCCGCAAGAUUAAGGCGCUGGGGGUGAAGAUGGUGCUAUCUGGGGAAGGUAGCGACGAGGUGUUUGGGGGUUACCUGUACUUUCACAAGGCGCCCAGCAAGGAGGACUUUCACCGGGAGACAUGUCAUAAGCUCAAGGCACUUCACAUGUAUGAUUGCGUGAGGGCCAAGAAGGCCACGUCAGCAUGGGGGCUGGAGGUGCGGGUACCCUUUCUGGAUAAGGAGUCCCUUGACGUGGCAAUGAGCAUUGAUCCUCAGUAUAAGAUGAUUCGCAAAAGGGACAGGCGCAUUGGGAAGUGGCACAUCCUCUACCGCCAAAAGGAGCAGUUUUCCGAUGGGGUGGGGUACAGCUGGAUAGACGGGCUCAAGGCGCAUGCAGAGCGGAUGGUGUCGGACCAGGUGAUGGCCAACGCUCCCAACGUGUGUGAGGGCCUCCGCCAGUCCUCUGCUCUCCGCUCUCUCAGUGCGCAUGCAGAGCGUAUGGUGUCGGACCAAAUGAUGGCCAACGCUUCUGACCUCUUCAUGUACCUCCCGCCUAAGACGAAAGAAGCGCUGGUUUACCGGCGCAUCUUUGAAAAGCACUUCCCACAGCUGAGGCUCUUCAAACCUCUCCACUCCUCUUCACAUACCUCCCGACCAAGACCAAGGAGGCGCUGUUCUACCGCCGCAUAUUUGAAAAGCACUUUCCACAGGUAUACCAAGGAGGCGCUGUUCUACCGGCGCAUCUUUGAAAGGCACUUCCCACAGGUGAGGCUCUUCAAACCUCUCCACUCCUCUUCACACCUCUUCACAUACAACCCGCCCAAGACCAAGGAGGCGCUGUUCUACCGGCGCAUCUUUGAAAGGCACUUCCCACAGCGCUCUGCUUGUCUGACUGUCCCUGGAGGUCCCAGCGUCGCCGUAGCACGGCGGCAGCGCUCUGCUCGUCUGACUGUCCCUGGAGGUCCCAGUGUCGCCUGUAGCACGGCAGUGGCCAUAGCGCCUAAACUACCUCCCUUCCCCCUUUCUCCCAUCCCCACUUCUCUCCUCCUUUCUGCUACUGCGCUCUGCUCGUCUGACUGUCCCUGGAGGUCCCAGCGUCCCAGUGUUGCCUGUAGCACGGCGGCAGGUGCAGCAUGGGAUGCUGCCUGGCGGGACAACCUGGACCCCUCUGGCCGUGCUGCUCUGGGUGUGCAUGCUGCUGCUUUUGAAACCCGAGGUCCAUAG